AUGAGCAGCGGUGAUGACUGCACUGGAACAGAGCAACCUGCCUGCCCAUCUGCCGUGCCCAUGGGCUGGGAGCGCAAGGUGGAGGAGGGCUCCGUGUGCUACAUCAGCCCCAGCGGCACCACGCUGACCUCGCUGGAGCAGACCUGUGCUUACCUCCUGGCUGACGGGACCUGCAAGUGUGGCCUCGAGUGUCCGCUCAACAUGCACAAGGUAUUUAACUUUGACCCGGGGGUGACGGUGGCUGCGCGAGGAGCCCCUGGGGCCCAGAGCCAGCAGGACAUGACCAAACUCUGCAAUCACCGCCGGAAAACAGCGGCCAUGGCCACGCUGUACCGCAGCACGGAGGGCGCCCUGGGCUCCUGCCGCCCAGACACAGGUCCUGGCCUAAGCCCGCUGUUCUCAGCAGAGGGGCACCUGGCCAUGGCCCCCAGCACCGGCAUCCCCCUGCCCAGCACUGUCGGCAGCUUCCCCAAGGUCCCCCUGGGGGCGAAGACCCCGGAGGCCACAUCUGCCCCCACGGGGACCUGGCUCGUCGCCCCGCCCUUUCUACAGCCUCACGACAGUGUCCCUGGGGCCAACGGCAGCCCCAAGAGCUGCCCACCUGCCAGCCCCUGCUUUGGCCUCUGCUUGCCCCCACCGGAUGCGGUGACCCCCCCCAGAUCCCCUGUGGUGCCCCUCGCCGAGGGCACGGGGAGCCAGCGCCCCACAGGCAGGACUAGCAGCUGGGCAGCCCUGUCGCAGGGGGCAACUGGAGAAAGCCCAGAGCCGGGGGGGCCGGGGCCGUGCCUGCCGGCCACCACCAGUGCCCCCCAGACAGGCAAGGUCGGUUCUCCUGUCAGCGAUGCCUUAACCAGCCAAAGCAGCAAUAACCCACUAGUGCCCUUAGAUGAUGCCCCUGAGGGCAGGGGCUUUUUGGGGCUGCCACCAGCGGGCACCCACUUCCCCGCCAGCAGCCUGCUGAGCCUGGCUGCCAAGGUGCAGCUGGGCAGCCCUGGCCCAGUGCCUGCCCCGAGCACUUUACCCCCAUGCCCGCUCCCGCCCGGCACGCUGCUCUCUCUCGUGGGCGAGCGAGCCCCGGGCUGGGGGGCCCAGUGGCCCCAGCGCACUGACCCCCAGGACCUGGCAGCUCACAGAGUGCCCCCCGAGCCCAAAGGGAUGCACCCCCCACUGACCGCUCAGCCUCUCGCAGCCCUGCUGAGCCUGCUGGCUACUCAGGGCUGCCCUGUGCGGGGAGGCCCGGGGGGGCCCAGCCUCCCCCUGGGCCCCCUGCCUGCCACCAACGGCUCGCCCUGCCCUGGCACCGGGCUCCUGCCCACCGUUCGGGACUUCAGCGGGCAGCUCCUGGGUCUCUUCGGGCAGCUGGCAGCAUCUUCCAAACCCACCUCAGGGACAUCCCCGCGGUCAAAAGCCUCUGGCCGUAACGGCAGCCCAGGGACUCUGCUCUCCACCCUGCUGCCCCUGCCCCCCGGGCCAGGGGAGAAGGGCCCUGAGGCUCCGGCGCCCAGCCCUGAGGACUGCGCGGUGCUCCCCGACCGGCCCCUGCUCUUCUCCACACUGCCUGCCUCGCUCGCCCUCCAGGCCGCAUUGCUCGCCACCGGGCUGGGCCCCUCUGAGCCUGCUGCUGCCGUUCCCCCGUCCAGCCUUGCCAGCCCCUCUGUGGCACCUACCUCAGCUGGCGCUCCCCCCAUGACUACUGAGGCCCCAUGCCGGGAGGGCUGGGCCCCCGACAGCCCCACAGGCACCCCGGAGUACCUCAGCCUGCUGGGGCCCCAUCUGGGCAGCUCUCUGCUCGGUGCCGUGCUGCUGGGCAACCUCCCGGUGCUGAGCCCACUGCUCCAGAAUCAGCCACUGCCACCCCUGGGACAGUCGCUGGGCCCGGGCCAGGGCUCCCCCUUGGGCACCACCAGCCCCCGGGCCAGCCUGCUCCAGAGCCUGCAGCUGGGCCCCAGGUUUGGCUCCCCUGAGAAGUUGGCAACACCGUUGGCUCCCAGUGCUGGAGGCUCCCCCAGCCCCCCUGCACCUCCCGGCCUCCCCGAGGGCACCCCAAGUGCCUUAGAGCCCCCUGUGCCCUGCCAGGCUGAGCUGGGCAGCUCCAGACCCAGUGGGGGUGCCCAGGGGUGCCCCACCUCACGACCCCCCCUCAAGCGAGGCCGCCGGCGGGCUGAGGGGCUCAACAGGCAGACACCGUCCCUUUGUGAGCCCCCCAGCACCAAGAGCCCCCGGCGUGGGGGGGCCUGGGGCACUCAGCAGCACUUCAACGGGUGUGCGGGCGACAGGGGUGAGAAGGGGCUUCCCCCCGCAGCGCCCCCAGCCCACCAGCCUGCCUGGCACUGCAACGGGGACAUCCCGGCCACUGAGCAGCAGCUCAGAGUGGAGAUCAAGGGCUCAGUAUUUGGGCCAGUUCUGCUUAAUAUCUUUAUCAAUGAUCUGGACGAGGGGAUUGAGUCCACGCUCAUCCAGAUCCACCUGAGCCGCUUCAAUCUUAUCAGCCUGAUCCACCUGCUGGUUGCUUUGAUGUUCUUCAGUGGCCCGACUCUUGGACUGCUGGUUCAAUUCGUGUCCCACCUGAGCAUGACAGCUGACGGCUUCGUCGCCACCUGUGCCAUCAGGAGCCGGGACCAGGCACUGGCACUGGCAUCGACGCUGGAUCCCGGCACAGAUCUGGCCAACCCCAAAUCCAAGGAGGGGCAGGAAGGGUGA